UUUUAUAAAGUUAAAGAUAAACGUUGGUUUUGCAAGUGUAAAUGAUGGAGUUGUGAAAGUUUCGGACAGUUGCUAAAGGGUUUCAGAGAGUACUUACAUACUCCAGAAUUGGGUUUUACAAGGGUUUUGGAGAGCUUUGAGAGAUUAUCAGGAAGUGAAUAGCUCUCCGAAUUACGGUAGCAGAGCUUCCUGUCUUUUGCAGUAAUGGGUGUAGGCUUAACUGCCGUGGCGGAGGAAGAUGGGCAGCUCCAUUUAGACACAGAAAACGGUGAAGAAAUCAGACAUGUUCAGUCACAAGUGGCCAUUGUGCUGGGGAAUCGAAACCCCGAGCAGCCUGGGACGCUCUACAUCACCACCAAGAGGUUGAUUUGGUUGAGCGAUGAGAAUAAACAACAUGGUUAUGGUGUUGAUUUCCUGUCAAUUUCUUUACAUGCUGUUUCCCGAGAUCCUGAGGCAUACUCACUUCCUUGUAUUUAUGCACAGAUUGAAAGCACAGAAACAGAUGGUUAUGGCUAUGAGGAUUUCGACGAUGAAAACUCAACAAAUGAUGAGGACCUGGAUUUGUCACAGGUUACUGAGAUACGUCUCGUUCCUUCUGAUGCAAAUACAUUGGACGAUCUGUUUAAGGUGUUGUGUGCCUGUGCAGAGUUAAAUCCAGAACCAGAUGGAGAGGUAGAAGGGGAAGGUGAUUGGAUUUUCAGUGCUGAGGACAUGGCUAAUUCUGGUCUACUUGCCGUACAAGCUGGUGAAAAUUUUGAAUAUGAUGAAGAGGACAUGGCUAAUCCAAUUGGUUAUUCGAAUGGCUUGGUACAUAGCUUGCCUGAGAAUAUUUUAGAGCUUCGAAUUGAUGAUGAACGUUUUGAAGAUGCACCAGAGAUGGAAGAUGAAACACAAAGACCCUAGAACUAAAAUCUUAUCAGAUGAGGAAAAUGCAGUAAGGGUGGUUGAGAAUCUCAUUGGUUGCUCUUGGUUAUUCAACUUAAAGUCUCUUGGCUUGAAUGAGCAUGUUUAGCUUUCUAUCCUGUGUGCAUGCAACUUUGCUUACUGAGUUUAGGUUUACUUAACACCAGCUUGUAUGUUUGGAUUUACCUAGCUUCUGUUCAAGGCAGUUAACCUUAAUUGACAAUUGUAGAUUAAAACUGUAUUUGGUUAAUUAACCCUUGACUCUGACCUUGAAAGCAGCAUCAGUAUGCACUGAUGUUAUCUUGCACAACUUACUAUUGAAAGGCUAAAUUGUAAUAUGAUCAAAGAUGUCUUAUCUUGC